AUGGCCACCACCGGUACCGCGCUGGGCUCAUCCAGCAGCUUCACAACCCGCAUUUCACUCCGAUGGGUCCCCGAAGCUCCAGAGGAAACGACCGAUACAAUCGUGAUUUCCGUGGGAGAAUGGUUCCUGGACCUGCGCAUGGACAAGAAAUCCGGCGCAAUUGACUGGGCAAUGGCCGGUACCAGAAUCGAGGAGAACCCAAACCAAACACCGCUCAAGGUGCUUUUCACCCGCGAGCUAGACUCCCUCGAUGAGAUUGGGAUUGUCGACGUGGGCAACUUCAGCCCCCUUCCCAAUGGCGACGAGCUUGAGAGAGGCGAGAUGCCUCAUCCCGAACUUCCCGGUGCGCCCAUGACUACGUUUGAGGAGGUCUGGCGCGAGUUGCCGUUUAGGGAAGGCCCCGAGGGCGCGAAGGAGGGCAUGUCGUGGAUUCUCGAGUCGGAGCACGGUGACCUGAGUGAGAAUGAGGGCGAGGUUACCGUGACCAAGACGUUCUUGGGUCGGAUUUGGGGAACAUAUUUGGCGUUCCAGCAGACUCAGACUCACUCCAGACAGAAGGAUGAGGCUGGGGCCUGGUCCGUGAAGAGGACUGGGGCUGAGGUUAGUGUGAGAAGGGAGGAAUGGAGCGGAGCGUGGGAGGAGAAGUAUGUUGUGGGGCCUGCUGGGAGUGAUGUGCCCUCAAUGAAGACCGGGUUUGAUGGCGAGGGCAAGGGAUCUUGGAGGGUUCCCGGGGAGAAGGUGCUUAUCCAAGGAAAGCCGUUCACUGUGCGGGCAUUUGAGGAGAUUCAAUAG